AUGGGGCUGCCCUUCGACACACACACACACCUUCAGGUUGAGCGGCUCCACCUUCCAGCUGCAGGUCUACUGGAGCCGCAGCAGGAGCUGGAGGCAGGUCUGUUCUCACGGCUGGACGGAGCAGCAGGGCAGGUCCAGCUGCAGGGACCUGGGUUUCGGCUGGAGGGCCGUGCGGCGGAGGAGUUCCUGAUGCUGAGGCCUGGCGUGUCCAGCCAGGCGCCCAUCCUGCAGCAGCUGGACGCCAGCCGCAGCUGUCCCAACAACUCGGUGGUCACUCUGCAGUGCACCGACUGUCGCAGAGGCAUCAACUCCAGCCGCUCCUCGCAGCAGGCUGCGCUGGGCUCCUGGCCCUGGCAGGUCAGCCUCCAGGUGCGCGGCGCCCACCGCUGUGGGGGCGCCAUCGUCUCCCCCUCCUGGAUCGUGACGUCAGCACACUGCAUGGACAGGUUCUCGGACCCGGCGGAGUGGCUGGUUUACGUCGGGAUCGUGGACCCCCUGGAUGUCCUCUUUCACCCCGCCCACCGCGUCGACCUCGUGCUCAAGCAUGACGGUUACGAGGCGCAGUCCCGCAGAAAUGACGUCGCUCUCCUGAGGCUCGUCAAACCGCUGGACAGUCAAGCCGCCAGUGAUUUCGGACCGGUGUGUCUCCCCAACACGGGCCUGAACGUGUCGCACCUGCAGGGCGCCUGGACGACGGGGUUCAACCACUCAGCAGAGGCAGGCCUGAUGGAAACUCAAGUCAAUUUUGUUGACAUCGACACCUGCAACAACUCUGUUCCUUACAUUGGACGAAUAACCCCCGACAUGAUUUGCACACAAGAGGUCAGAGACGGACCCAAGACGUGUCGGAAGGACAGCGGCAGCCCGCUCACGGCCAUGGUGGACGGAGUCUGGUGGUUCCUCGGCAACAACAUCUGGGAGGAGCACUGCACCCACCUGUACAAACCAGGUGUUUACGCCAACACCACCUACUUCCUGGACUGGAUCUACAGUCAGAUGAAGGUGAAGAGGAAGUCCACCCCACACCCUGCGUGA